AUGGAGGAGGUCUGUAAGGUCCUGGGCCACAGCCCUGCCUUCCUCUCCCUGACCAAGUAUUUAGAAGGAAUAAUGACCAACAGCUCUGACCUGGGCAGCCUUUCAAGGAACAUGCAUCCACUCCUGCUCUUGUUGGCCUUUCUUCUACCCUCUGAGCCUGCAAUAGGAAUCGUCAUUGGAGGACAUGAGGUCAGACCCCACUCCCGCCCCUACAUGUCGUUGGUUCAGGCUCGCAUGAACGGGAUGGUCAAGACAUGUGGCGGUGUCCUUGUGGACUUGGACGGUGUUAUGACAGCUGCUCACUGCUGGGGCAGCUCAGUCAGCGUGACUCUGGGGGCCCACGACAUCCUGAAUCAAGAGUGGACCCUGCAGGUCAUCCCUGUGAAAGAAGCCAUCCGCCACCCAGACUAUAUUCCUGGAGACUUCUUCAACGACAUCAUGAUACUAAAGUUGGAGAGAAAAGCCAAGCUGACUGCAGCUGUGCGGCCCCUCAGCAUCUCCAGGGGCACAGCUCAGGUGUGCAGACCCCGGGGGAGCAUGGACUCAGCCAUCUGCACUCUCUGUCCACAGGGGGACUCUGGGAGCCCACUCAUCUGUAAGAACAUGCUCUAGGGCCUUGCCCUCCAUGGACAAGAUGACAGGACAAGUCCACGGG